GCGUCGAUCUUCCCACCUUUGAGCACAUUUUGAGUCAGUGGGACAAGAAGAGCAAAAAAUUCGUCUUCACCGAUAGGAAUGAUGGAGAAGAGAUCCCAUGCUCAUUCAACCUUGAGUGGGUAAUGGAGCAUACAUGGUUCUCCAAUGAGGGGCUUCAUGUUGACCACAAUCGGGACAGGAAAAAUAGGAUUUGGUCCAGGUUCUUUGACAAACCCGAGGCGGGGGGUUCCAGCAGUAUAGCUCCCCCCAAAGGAGGCCCCACCAGACGCAAUGUGGAGGACCUGCUCUUGAAGCUGGUACUAUCUUCUGAUCGCCGAGAUGUGAAGGACUUUGUCCUGCUACAGAUCCUCUAUCAGCUGAGCAUGAUUUGGUGUCCAAGCAGUGUUUCCGGCGUUCCUAGGCAUUUAUUCAAGUACGUCGACAGCAUCGAACAGGUCAACAACACUGCUUGGGGGACCUAUAUAUUCAGUGAGACAUCUGACGCGAUAGAGAGGGCACUGAAGGGUCCUGAGCCAGGGAAGACGACAUUAUAUCUGCAAGGGUGUACCCCUCUAGUUUGUUUGUGGUAUUAUGAACUCACCGGCAUCAAGAAGCCAGCACUUGGUUGUACGGUGAGGCCUCCCCUGACAAAUUGGGUGAGACUUGGGCACGUUGCUGGUUCUUUGAGAUUGGCCACUAUUGUUGCGAAAGCAAGCAAAGCUACGAUAAAGCUUCCACAGCAACAUGGACAACUUCAAAGAAUUGAGGGAGGUUUUGGGGGGAAGGAGCAGGGGAUAGAGAAAGAGAAGAGGAGAGAGAGAGAGAAGAGGAGGAUUAAGGGUCCGGCUGCAGUAGACGCCGUACUCUACCUGUCCGUUGCAUAUGUGAUGCCACAGGAUAUUGAUGAAGAUGCCGAGCAGGCAAAUGAUGCAGUUGAGCAAAUGGAUUGGCCUCAGCAAGUUAUCUACUGGAAGAGCAUCGCGGCAAUGAACGAAUCAUUACGUCGCGAGAACGAGAAUAAAUUUAAGGGUAUGAUUGCUGCAGACCGUGUAAAGAUAAGUGCUCUUUCUGUGAAGGUGGCUAAGCUGUCUGCUCAAAAUAGAAGACUGAGAGAGGAACUAAGCGAAGCACGAUCCGGAACCCUCUCUGUAUACAAGGAUAAGAGCCCUACAGGAUUGGUGUCCAGCCCAUUGAUGGAGCUGCAAACUUGUACAGACACUCCAGGCACAGUGGGUGGCAUUGAUGUACAGUACGAGGGGGAUGUCAAUAAAUCAUUAUUAUUUGAUGAAGCUAAUAAGGAGAGCGAGGCCCCUCCAACAAGGAGGGCUUCUCCACAACCAUUGUUUUCUGAUAUCCACAAUGAGAGUGAAGAUGCUCCGUCAGGAGAAUUACCUCCACCAGAGGCAUCUGUUGUUGACAAGGCCCUUGAGGCAGAAAUAAACGAGGGAGAGAAGGUGUCCCCGCCAGCGAAGGAGCUACUAACUUGUACAGAAACAGGCACUCAACGCGAGGGCACUGGAAGGGAAAUAACGCCGGCGGUUGAAGUCCCUUCUGCAGGUGAUGGGGAGACGCAAACUUGUAUAGUUUUAUUAAAGUGUACGAGGGAUCAGCAGGGUCUAUUACCCGGCUUGAGAUCCUCAAUAUAUUACGCGGUGGGCGACUGGAUGAUUCACUUGUUGAUACGCUGCUUGAUUUAGUUCGUGAAAAU